AUGGAGAGACAGGCCCAAUGCCUGCUCGACGACGUCGAGGGGGCCUCAGAGUGCCUCCUGCAUGUCAAGUACAACGAGGGCAUGCUCCGGUUCCUGCACCAGCAGAUGAGGACCAUCGCGAGCUAUGUGGUUCGCCUGAUGCAAUCAUUCAGCCUCCAGCAGGGGCCUGAUGGCAUGGACUCUGUCGUGGAGCACUACCUGGGGAUCCUGGCAGAAGAAGUGAAGCAGGGCUUCUUGCUGAUUGCCGGACACGCAAAAGGUGUCACAUUGGAGUCCUUCUACAGAGUCGACUUUGUCAACAUGGCGGUGGAAAAGAUGUGCAGCACAGCCGAAAUGUGCCUUCAGGAAAUGGGCGUCGAUGAUGACUUCUGGAUCGAGACGAUUGUGGACCCGGGGUGCAUCGAGCAGGACAGGAAGUACGUGCAUUGGUACCUCACUUGCCUGCUGGAGUGCAGCGGCGCUGGGCCGAAUGAGAGGCAUCGACGAAAGGAUCUUGGGGCCAAGAUCCUUGAAAAUCAGCACCGUCUGAGGCACCUGAACCUGUGCAUCGACGAGAACCAAAUAGAGCUCAAGGGGCAGAUCGGCCAGGGGCCGCUGGGUCCAGUGUACAAGGGCUACUGGCGGGGGCUGCUGGUGGCAGUGAAGCAGUGCAACAUCCUGAGCCUGGAGGCCAGGGCACAGUUUUUGUGCGAGGCCGAGCUGCACCAGUCGAUGCUCUGCCCCAAUGUAGUGCUGUGCUGGGGGGCCGUGCACACCAAGACAACGAACGCCCUGGUGAUGGAGCUGGCAGAGCACGACCUGGGGAAAUUCUGCCAGACGGGGGUGAUCCCCAGCUACAUAACCCACAUGGAGUGGAAGUUCAAGAUGAACCUGAUGGCGAGCGCGGCGGCGGGCCUGAGGCAGCUGCACGACCAGGGGGUGGUGCACAGGGAUGUCAAUCCCCGCAACUUCCUGGUGUUCAAGGACCCCUCCAUCCCGGGAGGCUACCUCAUCAAGAUCGGCGACUUCGGCAAGUCCCUGGCCAAGGCGGAGCUGGCGGGCGGCGGCCCGGCGGCGCCGCACUACGCCGCCCCCGAGAUCCACGCCGGCAUGGCUCCCACCCGCGCCUCCGACGUCUUCAGCUUCGGCGUCACCAUGUUCGAGGUGGCGACGAAGAGCCCGCCCUACGAGGGCAGCGACAGCGGGCAGCUGUCGGACCGCAAGUCACGGCGGGUGGCGCCCUGCUACGUGGACCCAGAGGACUGCCCGCGGCGCCUGUUGGCGCUGAUGACGGCGUGCAUCGACCCCGAUCCGGAGGGGAGGCCGAGCAUGGAGGAGGUGGAGGCACAGCUGUUGGCGCUGAGCAGCAAGGUGGGGCCAGGGAACGGUGGUGGAAACCGAUGGUCUUCCGAUGCCAACAGCGAUGCCAUUUGA